CGGACAAGCCAUCCACAGAAACCCCCAAUCCCAAUCCAAUCCCAAUCCGCCCGCCGCCCGCGACGUUGCAACACAGAGUUUUGUGGCACCACAUCACGAAUCACGAACACCAGGUGCCCCAAUUGAGGCAGCAAUCUCCUCCAGCCAACCGGGCGAAACGGAGGAGCACUAGCACUCCAGGAGCCAGCCGCCGAUCAGCUGAGUUGUGAACUCGAAAAUCGAAGGAAGACUGGGACGCCCUGACAGAAACUUCACUGGAUUGGAUAGGAUUGGACUAGAAACUGGACGGGAGCCACAUCGGUAGCAAUAAGUAGCGAGCGAGCGACGGCGGAAAAGUGCAGCCGUGGCCAAAAGCGAUUGGCAAACCGAGAUAGAAGCCCACGGAUCAGGAUAAACCAUAAACCGGAGCCAUGGCGCUGCUGACCAUGAUAGCCAGAGUCAUCGAUGGCCUGCCGCUGGUGGGGACCAUGCAGGAUGACGAGCAGAGCGGCCGCAGCAUACUGGACUACCAAAACCAGGCCAAGAUGCUCUUCCGCAAGCUGGGCACCCACUCGCCGGCCAGGAGCAGCAUCGAGACAGGACCCUACCUAUUCCACUAUCUUAUCGAGAACGACGUGUGCUACCUGGUGAUGGUGGACAAGAUGUACUCGAAGCGACUGGCCUUUAAUUACCUAGAGGAUUUGGCCCAGGAGUUCCAUGCCAACUACGGCAGGCGGGUGAACUCGGUGACGCGGCCCUACGCCUUCAUCGAGUUCGACGUUUACAUACAGAAGGCGAAAAAGCAGUUGACCGACCGCAGACGCAACAUCAGCAGCAUCAACACACAGCUGCAGGAUGUGCAGAGGAUUAUGGUCCAGAACAUUGACGACGUGCUCCAACGUGGCACAGUGCUGGCGGAACUCGACACCAAGACCCAGAACCUCUCGAUGAUGUCGCAAAAGUACAAGAAGGACGCCAAGCUGCUCAACCGCAAGUCCAUGUACGUGAAGGCGGCCGCCGUGGGCAUCAUAUUCCUAGUGUUCAUCAUGUACUUCUGGGUUCUGUAAUAGUCGCUAGCACAGAUCUGGAGCGGUGCGCUCUGUUCUUUGUUAUAUGUACGUCGAGCGUCAGAGACGCGCGGCGACCCAAAGACAUUUAGAUUAUGCGUACACCUGUACUCCACCAGAAAAAGACACACACACAUGAUGCCCCCACAUAUGAUUCAUAAUCAGGCAAACCCUUUGACACGCGCACCGCUUCCGAGGCUUCUUGUUUAACUUGUAAUAUUCACUUACCUUUGCGUUAUUUACGGUCUUGGAUUCCAUUAACUAUUAAUUCCCAUUUCAAUUCGCUUUCUACGCUCUACGCUCUACGCUUCUCUUGUUUGCGCAGGUUUUCUGCAUAUUUGAUUACGAAUCGAGUCUAAUUUAGCCAGCCGACCGACCGACCUUUGAGCCAAGUUGAAUCUGUAAAUUAUAAACGCCGAUGCCGAUCCGUGUGUGUGUGUAUAAAUGUCUAGAUUGUAGAUGGAAUCGCUGUGCCGAUUCCAAAUCCGGCGGGGUUUAAUCAAUAAAUAGCUGCAAAAGCAUAGCAAGGAAAACGAUAAGAAAAGAAAAGAAAGGAUAAGAAACGAUACAAGUUUUAGGCAAUUUAUAUGUAUAAAAUUAAGGCAAAUAAAUCAAUUUACAUUGUUUAAUAAAAACUCCAUAUAAAGGUAUUGUACCUACCCAAACGA